CUCUUCAAGCAACCCGCUUGUUCGCUCUGCUCAGGUAUUCGGCCCAUCCACGCCACUCGUGUUCGUGACAUUUCCAUCCCAACGGAUUCCUGAUGCCUACGUCUUCUCGGCGGACCAGAAGCGCUGGAGACCACAACAACAACAGCAACAUCUGACGAGCUAAAUUAACACCACCAGGCCUCAUCACUUACCUUCACAUCUCGCAUGCAAAGGAAGCAUCAACGACUCUAAUCAAACGCGCUCCCUGCUUCGCCGGCAGCAUGAGCGGACGUCUCCUAGCUGCUGGGCUUUCGCCCUUUACGCGACGCGCCCCAAUUCAAGCCGUACGACACUUUCAUCGAUUCCCCGCGGGCGGGCUUCAGCGAGCCGAUGCAGCUGUUCGGGCUACCCAACGUCGCAUGUGGUUUCCCGGUAAUGCCUUCCACAAUGCCGUUAUUGUGCGGAAUGCAUCUUUUGCCCGUUUUUUGCCCAAGCUGGUGGUCAAGUUUGCCAGAAUACCUGCCAUGUUUGGCGGUCUAGCUGUAGGAACGCUCGCUUGGAUUCAAUACCAGGCUAACCAGAUCACCAACAACGCUUGGGACAUGGUCACGAAAACGGCAGAAGGUGUUUCCGAGACUGCAUCUAGCUUCUUUGGAGGCGCAAAGGGCAUAGUGGAUCAAACUGUGCGUGGAUGGGAAAACACGAAAGAACAAAUCGAGACGCCCGAAUGGCUCCAAAAGGUCUUGCGUAUCCAUGAGGAUAUUGGGACCGGCGGAGGCGGGGAGGGGGGGCCUGGAGGGGAGCAGCCUAAGCAGAGCAGAGCGGGCGCGGCGGUCGUAGCGGGAGCUUCGGCUGCAGCAUAUGGCUACGAGCAGUCUUCGGAAGACGACCCGCGAGAGCCCGACGAGAUGGCCAACGAUGACCAAAUGAUGGUCCUGACCAAGAAGAUGAUCGAGAUCCGGAGCAUGCUCCAGCAAGUUGGCCAGUCGAGCACUUUGACGCUCCCUUCGAUUGUCGUCAUUGGAUCUCAGUCAUCAGGAAAGAGCUCUGUUCUCGAGGCACUCGUGGGACACGAGUUCUUGCCUAAGGGAACCAACAUGGUAACUCGCCGGCCGAUAGAGUUGACCCUGGUCAAUACUCCUGAGUCGGAUGCCGAGUAUGGCGAGUUUCCCGACUUGGGCCUCCGACGCAUCACCGACUUUUCGUCUGUUCAGAGAACACUGACUGAGCUCAAUAUGGCCGUUCCGGAUACACAAUGUGUAUCAGACGAUCCUAUCCACCUCACCAUCUACUCGCCCAACGUCCCGGAUCUGUCACUGAUCGAUCUUCCCGGGUACAUCCAGGUGGUAGGACAAGGUCAGCCGCUUGAGCUGAAGCAGAAGAUCUCCGAGCUUUGCGACAAGUAUAUUCAACCUCCCAACGUCAUUCUGGCUAUUUCCGCCGCUGAUGUGGACCUGGCAAACUCAACCGCCCUGCGCGCCAGCCGUCGCGUGGAUCCAAGAGGCGAACGAACCAUUGGAGUGGUGACUAAAAUGGACUUGGUUGAUGCUCCUCGUGGUGCCGCCAUACUUAGCGACAAGCAAUACCCUCUUAGGCUUGGCUACGUUGGAGUUGUAUCCAAGGUCCCACAACCAGGUGGACUGUUCAAGCGGUCUGGGAGCGUUAUGUCUGCCAUUGCAAAGAACGAGAAUACCUUCUUCUCGGCACAUCCACUUGAGUUUGGCGAAGGAGCAGGGGUCAACGUAGGGACGAUCAACCUGCGCAAGAAACUUAUGACCGUUCUCGAACAAACAAUGUCUGCCAGCUUGGCUACCACUAGCGACGCCAUCAGACAAGAGCUCGAGGAGGCGACUUAUGAGUUCAAAGUUCAGUACAAUGACCGCCCCCUGUCUGCCGAAUCUUACUUGGCGGAAAGCCUCGAUGGGUUCAAACACUCUUUUAAGCAGUUCACCGAGGAAUUUGGGCGCCCUCAAAUGCAUCAGCUUCUCAAGCAAGAGCUGGACCAGAAGGUUCUCGACCUGUUGGCUGCGAGAUACUGGAACAAGCCCAUUCAAGACUUGUCUCCUGCCAGGCCAGAACCAGACAGCCUGGCGGACCUUCCAAAGGCCGACCCCAACUCUAUGUACUGGCACCGCCAGCUCGACGCCUCAACUUCUUCGUUGACGAAGCUUGGUGUUGGUAGACUGGCUACGACGGUCGUUGCUUCAGCUAUCCAGGCACACAUCGACACGUUGGUUAAGCACUCCACCUUCAGCAGUCACCCAUUCGCACGGGAAGCCAUCAACGAAGCCGCAUCAACGAUUCUGAACGAGAGAUUCUAUAGCACGAGCGAUCAGGUUGAGAACUGCAUCAAGCCUUACAAGUUCGAUAUCGACAUUGACGAGAGGGAAUGGACGCAAGGUCGCGAUCACUCAGCUGAAGUCCUGAAGAAGGAGCUCCAAGACUGCGAAGGUGCCCUUCGAGGCAUCGAAGAUACCGUUGGCGGCCGGAGGAAGUUGAGGGAAGUAAUGAACUUUGUUGACCGUGCUCGCAAGGGAGAGGUUGUCGUCGAGGGAGAAAGCCGAAGCGGUGCUGGAGGCUUCAGCGCCUCGCUUCUCAAGAGAGGACGCGAGGCUGUCUUCCUCCGAGACCGCGCCGACAUCAUCAAGAUGCGCCUGAUGGCGGUCAAGUCGAAGCAAUGCGCUAACCUUAAGAACAAGUACUACUGCCCCGAGGUCUUCCUUGAUGCUGCGGCCACAAAGCUUGCUUCGACGGCUGUGCUAUUUCUGAAUGUUGAGCUUCUUUCGGAGUUUUACUACAACUUCCCGCGUGAGCUUGACCUCCGCCUCGGAAGACAUCUCUCCGACGAAGAUAUUGAGAGGUUCGCCAAGGAAGAUCCCAAGAUUAGAAGACACCUGGAAGUCAUCCGCCGCAAAGAGCUGCUCGAGUUAGUUCUCGAGAAGAUGGAGAGCCUGAGACAGCUCGAGGGCCGCGAGCGGGAACGAUUGAAGGGGGCCAACAGCAGAUCUGUCAAGGACGACAAGCAGCGUGGACGCUGGGGGCUUUUUUGAAAGGGUGGCAGAUGGCGGUAUUCCAUACUGUGGAAGUCUUCCAGGGUGCCUCCCCCCUCCUCUCUCCCUCUGCCUUGGAGACAUGUAACGCGUUAUGAUAUGGGUUUAAAAGGAGUUACGGUGUUGGAAGAUAGACAUUCCGGUUAUUAACCAUGGUUGGUCCCCGUUGUGUGGAAGGCACUGAGCAGGCCUUGUUCUACAAAAAAGUUUGUCUUCUGCUUCUUUUCUUUUUGUACAAGUGGUGUAUAAGAAAGAAGGAUACCUUCCUCGACUCAACCUCUUGGGUAGAAAAUAGACUUUUGUCGCUCCUCGUCUCUCUUUUUUUUUUUUUUUUUGAACCCUAAUCACAUUCGUAACUAGGUAGCCAGACAAUGCCUCUAAUGCCCAUAGGCCGACUGAUCCAGAAACACUGCCGAUAUUCGUCCAUACUCAAUCCC